AUGAGUUGCCAGCAGCAGCAGCAGUCUGCCUCAGAUGUGGGGAGGCACAAGCAUGGUGGCAAGAAUCACCUGGAGACAGUAGUGUUAAAAAAUGAUGAAUGUGAUGAGUGUGGAAAGAAAUUUCCUUAUAAGUCUUCCCUCACCAAACACACCUUGACACACAGUGGUGUGAGAAAUUAUGAAUGUGGUGAGUGUGAAAAGAAAUUUACCCAAAAGUGUUCCCUCACCAAACACAUCCUGAUACAUAGUGGUGUUAGAAAUUAUGAAUGUGCUGAGUGUGGAAAGAAAUUUACCUGUAAGUAUGACCUCAGCAGACACACCUUGACACACCGUGGUGUUAGAAAUUAUGAAUGUGAUGAUUGUGGAAAGGAAUUUAGACGUAAGUCUCACCUCAUCCAACACACCUUGACACACACUGGUGUUAAAAAUUAUGAAUGUGAUGAGUGUGGGAAGAAAUUUCCCUACAAGUUUUCCCUCACUCAGCACUUCCUGACACACAGUGGUGUUAGAAAUUAUGAAUGUAAUGAGUGUUGGAAGAAGUUUACCCAGAAGUCUUCCCUCACCCAACACACCUUGAUACAUAGUGGUGUUAGUAAUUAUGAAUAUGAUGAAUGUCUAAAGAAAUUUACCAGUAAGUCUUCCCUUACUCAACACACCCUAACACACAAUGGUGUUAGAAAUCAUGAAUGUAAUGAGUGUGGGAAGAAAUUUACCUGUAAGUCUCACCUCACCAGACAUGCCCUGACUCACAGUGGUGUUAGAAAUUAUGAAUGUCAUGAGUGUGGAAAGAAAUUCAUCCUUAAGUCUUCCCUCACCAAACACAUACUGACACACAGUGGUGCUAGAAAUUAUGAAUGUGAUAAAUGUGGUAAAAGAUUUCCUACCAUUUAUCGUCUCAAUACACACUCCUUCAGACACACUGGCUUGAAAGAGUUCAAGUGUGAUAUUUGUGGCAAGUGUUUCAAGACUAAGGCUGAUAUUGUCAAACACAUGAGGGUCCACUUUUGAGGUGGUCUGUUGUGUGGACAAAUGGGACCACAAUGAUGAUGUUGCUGGUGGUGGUGGUGGUGGUGGGCGGUGUGUUUUGUCUGUGGUGGCAGCUGUGCCCGUGUGUGCUGUGAAGGAGUAAUGGCCCCAGCAGUUGUUUUGUUGGCAGUGCAGGUGACCUUCAAUAAAUGUGUGUGCAGUAAA